AACUUCAUCUGCAAUGGAAAAUUUGGUUGAAAUUUCAGAGUCAGAAGUACGCAUAAACUUCAUUCUCAACACCAAAUGCCGUUGUAACCUUGUUUUAAGAUCCCUUUGCCCUUCUUCCCCAGUUGCUUUCAAAGUCCAAACUUCUUCACCUCAUAAAUUCCUGGUUAAUCCCCCAAGUGGACUCGUUCCCCCUUCUUCCCAUAUUGCCCUCCAAAUCAUCCUUAAACCUCAAGACCGCAUCCCCCCCACUUUUCCUCGCUCUCAUUCCGAUCGUUUCCUCAUCAGAACUGCCCCUUUCGACCUCGACUCUUAUGGCUCAAAUCAGUACGGCUCGGUCAGUUCUUGGCUCUCAACUCGACCCACUCAGGACAUCAAGCUCAAGGUCGCCUUUGUUGGGCCGUUUCUUCUCCAACAUGCUGUUAGCCGCGGGGACUUUGAGGCAGUGAAGAACAUUAUCAAGCGGCAGAAAUCGGUUUUGUAUGAUUUAUCUACGAAAGAAGCUGAGUCACUCCUCCGAGUCGCGACUCAGUUGGAUAACAAUUCGGAGAACAUGGUGAAUUUGCUGCUCGAAGCGGGUUUAAGGAUAGGCUCGCGUGAGGAUCAAGAAGAAGAUGCAAAUAACAGCAAUGUGGGAUUUUAUCAGGUGGACCCACGGUGGGAAUCGAAAGGAUGGAAUGAGUUACACGUGGCAGUAGCACUCGAUCGGACGGCAGACCUUGAGACGUUGUUAAGGAGGGGGAGACGGGAGACGUUGGAUCGGAGAGACAAAGAAGGCAGAACGCCGUUGCUUUUGGCGGCGACUAAGGGAAAUAUCGAGUGUGCUAAGAUGUUGUUAGAAUCGGGUGCGGAGAAGAAUGCAAAGAGCAAUGAUGGGAGGACUGCACUUCACAGAGCUGUAGCUAAUGGGAACCGUAGGAUGAUUGAAAUGUUGAUACAAUUGGAUGCGGACCCCACAAUUUGCGACGAUCGUGGCCGUUCAGCUCUUGAUAACGCUCGUGAUAAGGGACAUGAUGAGAUGGUGGAGAUUAUGGAACGUGGAAAGGAAGUGUUGAUGGCGGCAAGAUGUGGAGACAAGAGGCGGCUGCAAUCCCUUUUACAAAAUGGUGGUUCCAUGAAUUUCCAAGACCAAUACGGCUUGACACCGCUGCAUGUGGCGGCCAUAAAAGGCCACAAGGAUGUGGUGUUGGUGCUUGUAGAAAUGGGAUUGGACUUGGAACGCCAGGACAAUGAGGGCCACACCGCUUUGCAUAUGGCCGUGGAAGGUGGGGAUGUAGAGGUGGUUGAAGCAUUGAUUGAUAAUGGAGCCAAUGCAAAUGCCAAGACCAAAACAGGGGUCUCUCCUCUAUACAUGGCUAAAAUUAUGGGUUAUGAUCAUAUCUCACAGCUUCUUCUCAACAGAGGAACUUGCUCUUCUCCCUCUUCUGGUUAGGAGGUAUUUACCCGAGAAAAAUACUUGAAUUCAAUAACAGCAAACAUAGAGAUAGAGAUAGUUGUGCAGUUUAAUUUAGCAAUAGAAGUACUUAUUCCCAAUGGGUUUUUGAAAAAGCUCACAGAAACGGAAACAGAGACUCCAGGGGCUACGACUCACCUUAUGUUUCUUCUUCAGGUUCUAUCCAGUGCAACUAAAACUAAGCUAUGUAGUGAUUUACUUUUUAAACAAUAUCCAUUAAUAAUCAAAUUAGUAAAUAUUUUAGUGUA